GUUCAGCUGGUUACACUUCCCGUCACCUUUCCAGCCGGUUAGCAAUGUUAAUUCGUCUUAUAGUUCUACUCAGUGUUGUUCUAGCGUUUGCAAACGCAGCGAACAAUGCAACGGAUCAUACGAAGCAAUACCUCACACGCAGUGCUGUUUCCUCCUGCCUGGAUGUGACGGCCGGCUUCGAUGGAGUUUACCUGCUCAGUCCGGCUUUGUCGUCCAUCGCCCCGUUUCCGGCCUAUUGCGAGGUCGAAGCCGGCGGUUGGACCGUAAUUCAUCGACGAUUCGACAACAGUGUGUCCUUUAACCGAUCGUGGACCGAAUUCAGCGAUGGAUUUGGUAAUUUGCAGGGCGAAUAUUGGCUGGGACUGGAGAAGAUGCAUCAAAUUACGCGCGCCAGGAACCAUGAACUGAUGGUGCUUACCACGUUGAGGGAUGGAUCGUCGAGAUCGGCACGAUUCGACCGGUUUGCGGUAGGAAGUGAAUUCAAACUGUAUCAGCUUCGAAUUGGUCGAUUUGUUUCGGGGAAUUUGUAUAGUGAUUUUAAGCAGCACAAUGGAACGACGUUCUCCACCUACGACAAAGGCGGAGUGGGUCAAUAUUGUGCCCCCAUGAUCGGUGGGGGAUGGUGGUAUUCGAACUGCUACUACGAAAAUUGGAAUCUGCCGUUUGAAAGCAAUGGAUGGCGCAUGUACGAAAAGGAAGCUAGAAUGCUGAUCAGACCUUUCGACUAAAAUUUGUUAUCCAUGUUUGUUUUAUUCAAUUACAUUACCAUAUCCAAAUAGAAGAACCUUACUCUUAACACUGCUCGUAAGGUCUUGAACAAUG